CUUGGCAGUGGAGGGGUGGGGGGGAGGCAGGAUCCCCUGUAGGGCCUCGAGUAGUACUCCAGAGCCCAUCGUCCCCACCGCCUUCCUCCUAGCCUUCCCCAGAUGGGGUUGGGCAUGGUUCCCAGCCGCCCAUCAUCCCCAGCCAACAUGCUCCCUUCCUUUUCUCCCAGCAUCUCAACCCCUUCCUUUCUUCCUAUCGACUUCCGGACUUAUGCAACUGCACCUCCCAUCAUCCCCAGCCCGCUUGCCCUUCUUCCCUUCCUCCUACAGGCCCCAUUGUCCCAAGCCCUUUUCUGCAGCUCCCAUUAUCCCCAGCCAUGACAGCCUCUUUCCCCUGGAGAUGGGCUCUUCUGCCUCUCCCAUCAUCCCCAACCCGCGAGACCUCCAGACGGCGGCGCGAUCCAGAUGCUUAAGGACUAAAAAAAACCCAUCAUCCACAGACCUCUCUCUCUCUCACACACACACCGCCCUCAAAAGUGAAUAAUACUCAUUCACCAAGCCAAACUGUUUGUUUCUUAGGUAAGGCAGGAUCGCCAAAGCUAAGGAGUCCUCGACCUACAACUCAUUUAGCGACUGUUCAAAGUUACGACGGCACUGGAGAAAAGGGGACUUCGGACCUUAAUGACCUUGGAAGCAUCCCCCAGGAUCGUGUGAUCCAAAAUCAGAGUGGGAUCUGUUCCCAGAUGGAUGGUGACCCCUGAACCCGCUUCGACCGCCGCCAGCCUCUCGGUAGAGUCCAAGGCUUCGCCAUGUGGCACAAGGCCCUGUGUGUGGCUGUGUUGGCCCUGGCCACCGGCUCUGUCUUCUGGCUGGAUCCCGCUUGGCCGGAUUUCCUGUGGGAGCAUCUCUCGGGGACCUUCCUGUACCAACUUCGGGGGGACCUGGGGUCUCCAGAAGGCAGCAUGGCAGAGGCCUGGGAUGCCGUCAUCACCCGGCCGGCCAAGCAAUGGAACAGAGUUGCUGUGGGGUUCUACUUUGUGGCCCAAUUGGGCCUAAGCUUCACGAAUUGCUUGACGAGAACGUAAUGGUCCCUCCGGAAUCACUGCAAGAAUUAGAUGAAUAUCAUCUUAUUUUGGAAUACCAAGCAGGUGAAGAAUGGGGAGAGCUGAGAGCCCCCAACGCCAACCGAUUCAUCUUCUCCCACGACCUGUCCAACGGGGCCAUGAACAUGCUAGAAGUCUUUGUAUCCAGCCUGGAGGAAUUUCAGCCAGAUCUGGUGGUGCUUUCGGGCUUCCAUAUGAUGGAAGGUCAGACCAGGGAGCUACGCCAGAGGAGGCUCCGAGAGGCCGUAACUUCCAUUUCUGACAUUCCCACCGACGUCCCGAUCCAUCUGGAAUUAGCCGGUAUGACCGACCCAGACCUCAUGAGAGACAUAAUUCACCAGCAGAUCUUCCCUCUCGUGAGCUCCAUCGGUUUGAACGAGCAAGAGCUGCUCUUCCUCACCCAGGCAGCCUCGGGACCUCACUCCUCGUUGGCCUCCUGGAACGGCAUCCCCGACGUGGCCGUGGUCAGCGACAUCCUUUUCUGGAUCUUGAAAGAACACGGGAGGACUUCGGCCAAGGCUUCGGACUUAACCCGGAUCCACUUCCAUACUUUGGCCUACCACCUCCUGGUUACCGUGGAUGGGUAUUGGGGCAACCAGGUGGCGGCGGUGGCUGCCGGAGCCAGGGCGGCGGGGACCCAAGCUUGUGCCACCCAGACCAUUGACGCCGACAAAGUCUUCCUGAAGGCACCACUGGAGUUUGCCACUUCCAAGACGGACGGGGCCUCCAGAGUCUCCUUAAACCCAAAGGAGCCCAUAUCGGUGUGGCGCCGGAAUGGCAUCUCCUUCCAUUACACCCCGGUGCUGGUGUGUAAAAGCCCCCUGCGGACUGUGGGCCUCGGAGACGCCAUCUCUGCUGAAGGACUCAUGUAUUCCGAAGUCUAUCCUCACUAAGCACUGAAUAAAGAGAUCACUCCAAAAUUCGGACCAAGCAGGUUACAGACUGGACAUCAGAUGGGACCAGGAACCAGAGCUGGGAAGAGGGGAACAAUAAAUGCAAUCCAGAACUUGGAUUUAUUGCCAUAGGAAUGUUUGCAACGCAACGGUCAGGGAGGAAGGUUCAUCUGAAGGAGCCGUAGCGAGAAAGCAAAGCGCUCUAU